AUGAGCGUGCCUCCGCUCAGCCCCAUCACGCCCUUGGGCAUCCUCCAAUAUUCCGAUGGAGGAGUCGUCAAGAUCGACAUACAUGGUAACAUCGACAAAGGCUUCUUCCAGUCCGACGGCGACUGGACUUGCUACAGAAGGAACUACUUCUCCUGUAUUUGCUCCUUCAGUCUGACCCCCCACUAUCCCGGCCAGCCGCUGCAAUUCACUUUGUCCGGGUCCACGCAGCCUUACAACGUCAUCGGCUUCGCAAUGUCUAUCUCGGCUGUCGUUGCAGAGAACGACUCCCACGUAAUCGAACUGGUCCAGCACACGCCUAAGAGAGACAAGGGCCCAAUCGCGAAGCCCGAGAAAGUGCGCCUUCAUCCCAAGUACCCUCACCAAGCGCAUCCCCUCGGGCUAUACCCUCACGACACCAGCCUCGGAGGGCCAUCCAGAAUCGGCGGCGGCUUCGCAGACGGCGGAAGUUUCCCAGGUGCCCAGCAGGGGGGCGACUCAUUCCAAACGGAGCACACCUUUGAGCGCAUCCAGUUCAAGCAGGCGACUGCUAACAACGGGAAGAGGAGAGCUGCUCAACAGUAUUACCAUCUGCUGAUUGAACUUUGGGCGGAUGUAGGCCAGGGACCCGAUAACCUCGUCAGGGUCGCGUACCGAAAGUCGGCCAAGAUGAUUGUGCGUGGUCGCUCACCAGGACACUAUCAGGCCGAAAGGCGCGCCAGCACAAGCAGCGGGCCAGGUGGAUCGGGCGGCAGCAUAUCCGGCUACCCGAACAACACAAUUCUCGGAUCGGAAUACUCUGGAGGAGGGGCGGGAAUGGCAAAUUGCUACGGAGGAGGCUACGACACACGCGGUAGUCAGUACGGAGCACGCCACCAUACCGAGCUCGAACCUAUGAUCCCUCCCGAGGACGCCAAAGCCAUCGAUACAGCCAAGGAGUACCGUUACUACCCCGGUGCUAUCUACGAGCCACCCGAGUCGGCAGGAGGAGUGGAAAUGUUCCAAAGCCACCAAAGUCGGCAGGAUCACAUGCCGCACCUGGCUUCGCAAUACGAUCCACUUCAUGACAGGGUCAAGCGUGAUCCCGAGAAUGGAAUGCUGCCAAGCAUCUUCCAGCCCGGACCGCUCAUGUCGAAUCAACGCUGCGGUCCGUACGAGGGCAAACCUACAUCAACAGGCUACUACCCGACAAUGGUUCCCCAGUCUGGAGUCAACCUCACCAACAUGACUUGA